AUGGCUUUUCCGGGCACCACGGGAACAUCGAUUCCAAUGACCAGUCUGUCAGGACCAGACCCUACCACACAGGGAAUGAGUGAGCAGGAGGCAUCCAUGGUCAAGAUGAUGCAAGCUGGUAUGGAAUCUUGUCCAAUCAAGACCGCCCUCGCAGGUACCAUGGGAUUCGGCCUUGGAGGAGCUUUCGGUCUAUUCAUGGCCAGUAUGUCCUACGACUCGACCUUCACACCUCAGGGCCGCGCAAUCGCCGACCUCCCCUGGCGCCAGCAAGUCCGCGCCGGUUUCAAGGAUAUGGGAGCUCGCUCCUGGUCCUCUGCUAAGAAUUUCGGUAUCGUCGGUGCGCUCUACUCCGGCACCGAGUGCUGCAUUGAAGGUCUCCGCGCCAAGAACGACCUCACCAACAGCGUUGCCGCUGGCUGUAUCACCGGUGGAAUUCUUGGUGCGAAGGCUGGCCCCCAAGCUGCGGCUUUUGGUUGCGCUGGCUUUGCCGCAUUCAGUGCGGCUAUCGAUGCCUAUAUGAGAAUGCCUGGCGACGACAACUGA